AUGGUUUCUCUAUCGGUGAUUCAAUCCUCCAAUGCAUCUAUUUCCAAAGAGCUCCCAUCAGGCUUAGUGGCAGUAUUCGUCGGCGCAACCAGCGGAAUCGGUAGAGCGACUAUCUUAAAACUUGCCAAAUAUGUCCAGCAACCACGAUUCUAUUUCGUGGGACGCUCGCAGAGCGCUGCAGAUGAGAUCCUAGACCAGUUGCACCAAAUCAAUCCAGAUGGUCGAUACGAAUUUAUCAAAGCCGACGCGAGUCUGCUCAGCGUUGUAGACAUGGUUUGCGAAACGAUCCGGAAAAAGGAGACACAUAUCGACAUUCUCUUCCAGAGUCAGGGUACUUUGGACGUCAGUACAGAGACGUCCGAACGUCUGCCCCUAAUCAUGGCACUGAGUUACUACUCUCGCAUGCGAUUCAUCGCCAAUCUACUCCCCUGGCUACAACGAUCAUCCCUCGGCCGAGUCGUCACCGUCCUAGCCGGCACGAAAGAGGGACCCGUCAAUCCCACUGAUAUCCCCGGCAAGAAGGUCCUUCCUUGGAAAGCUCGCGGACAUCUUUGCUCAAUGAUUACCCUGACGCUGGAGCGUUCCUCCGAAUUGGCUCCGGGUGUAAGCUUCGUGCACAAUUACCCCGGUUUUGUGGCCACGCCGCUUGCAAAAUCGAUGAAAGGAGCGACGGGGGCAGUCAUGAGAUCGGUAUUCUGGUUCACAGGCUUAUUUUCCACGAAGGUGUACGUUUCUCUUGAUGAGACCGGUGAGAGACACUGUUUUUUGGCGACGAGUUCCAGGUUUUCGUCAAAGACACAGUCUGGGGGUUUGCUAGGUGGGACAGAGGUUGCCAUCGGUAGUGACGGGGCUGUGGGAAGCGGUGUGUAUAUCGUAGAUGAGGUGUGUGAAAGCGGCGAUGCAAAUGUGCAAAAUGUUUUGAGUGGGAUCAGACGAGACGGGAUACAUCAGAAGAUAUGGGAGCAUUUGCAGAAUGAGUUCUUGAGGGUGACGGGGAAGUCGGCGAUCCAGUGA